CGGGCACUGCAGGAAACCAGCAAAGGGAUGAGUUAAGAUGGAGUUACGACUUUGUUGGGCUCUGCACACUUUUUGGCUUGUGUGACAUGUGCCUGCACCUACCGUCUGGCUAGCACUUGCCCCCCGGACGGUGCGCCUUCCCACCAUUCAUUCCCUGUGUAAUCCUCACCACAGCCUUCAAAGGGUUGCUGUUUGUUUGUGUGUCUUCGUCUUAGGUUCUAACUUGAAAGCGCCCCAGAGGCAGGGUUGUUGACCUCGCCCCUUUUAUCCCUGGCCCCCCGCGGGGAGCCGUUGGAGUUCAAACGCUUCUUUAAUUGGGAGAAGGCGAGCCUCGCAGGGUGGGAGGUUCGAACCAGGCUUGCGAAGGCUAAGUGGGCCCAGCGAGUUGGAAGAUGACAUGUGGUUUUGGUUUUGCUUUGUUUUGUUUGGAAUGAACAUGUGUGGAACACACCUACAAGGUGUUCGCUUAUCUGCUCAGGGGAAGAAUGAAGAACAAGCCCCGCUCUUAAUAGAAAGCCUGUUCGGUGCUUGUUUUGUCUCAGACUGAGUGUGAGGCCUGGAACGGAGAGGUACUGGCUUCAGCUUCCUUGACUCCCUGCUGCUGCUCAGUGCACAAACAGUUACACUUGAAAAAUGGCGGAAGCCAUUUUCCAUGCCCCAAAGAGGAAAAGAAGAGUGUAUGAGAAUUACGAGUCUCCAUUUCCAAUCCCUUUUGGUCAGAAAGACUUCAGAAUAUUCCGUGCUGAGAUGAUAAACAACAAUGUGAUUGUGAGGAACGCAGAAGACUUUGAGCAGCUGUAUGGGAAAGGUUAUUUUGGAAAAGGAAUCCUGUCUAGAAGCCGGCCAAACUUCACAAUUUCAGAUCCCAAGCUGGUUGCUAAAUGGAAAGAUAUGAAGACAAAUAUGCCUAUAAUCACAUCAAAGAAGUAUCAGCGUAGUGUAGAAUGGGCCACAGAGCUCAUACGAAGACAGGGGAAGGAUGAGAGUACAGUGCAUAGAAUCCUUGAAGAUUACACAAAACCACUUGAGCAUCCUUGCCUAGAACAGAAUGAAGACGUUCCAUUGCAUGAUGAGAUGAACUCUGAAAUGGUUUCCAAAAUAGAAUCCAUAGCAGAUAGAACGAAACUUUCUGUGACGAACGGAGACUUGGGAAAGUCAGAUGAUUCGGAGGAUCCCAGCAAGCCAUCAGACCGCCUGCAGGACGGCUCUGGGCAUGACCCACUGGCUGCAAACGGCUUCGAUAAACACUUAUCGGAGGUCCCUGCACCUCUGUCCCACAUCCAUUGUAGCCAAAGAGAUGUCCUCUCGCAGUGUGGUGCUCGGGCCAGCGGCCAGCGAGGGGGUCUCCCCUGUGCCAGAGAGGGAGGGCCUGCUGAUGAGUACGUGCUGGUGGAGGAAGUCGUGUGUGAUGUGAGCGAGAAGGAAGAUGCCCCGAGUGAGAAAUCGGCACAAAAGAAGAGACUCGUCUGCAGAAGAAAUCCGUAUAGGAUCUUUGAGUAUCUGCAGCUCAGCCUGGAGGAGGCCUUCUUCCUGGUAUAUGCUCUGGGAUGUCUAAGUAUUUACUAUGAAAAGGAGCCUUUAACAAUUCUGAAACUCUGGAAAGUUUUCACGGUAAUUCAGCCCACAUUCAGGACUACCUAUAUGGCGUACCAUUACUUCCGAAGCAAGGGCUGGGUGCCCAAAGUGGGACUUAAGUACGGAACAGAUUUACUGCUGUAUCGAAAAGGACCUCCAUUUUGCCAUGCAAGUUAUUCUGUCAUUGUUGAGUUAGUCGAUGACCAUUUUGAGGGCUGUCUUCGAAGACCUUUCAGUUGGAAGUCACUGGCUACCUUGAGCAGAGUGUCAGUGAAUGUCUCCAAGGAACUCAUGCUGUGCUAUCUGAUUAAACCCUCUACCAUGACUGACAAAGAAAUGGAAUCCCCAGAAUGCAUGAAGAGAAUUAAAGUUCAGGAAGUGAUUCUGAGCCGCUGGGUUUCUUCACGAGAGAGGAGUGACCAAGAUGAACUCUAACACUUGACCUCAGAAUUCUGAUUUCACCAAAAAAUAUUUAUUGAGUCUCCUACAAUAAGCCAUGCUCAGGGCGAGGUAAAGGGUCCUUGUAUUGUGAUUGGCCAUUAAUGGAAGGUUUUUAAAGGGCAUGGUGCUCCCCACACCAGAGAACUAUUCGUGUUUUAAAAAGAAAUUGCACCGGGAGAAGAAGAGAGCCCUGUGCCCGGACGUCCGCUCUGUCCUCGGCGGGCACCAACCGUGGCUGCCCCGCUCCUCGCCUCCAGGCCCCGCUCUGCAUCCUCAUCUGCUCAGUGAGGAGCGUGGACAGAUGAGUCUGCAAUGGGGAGCCUCUGUUUUACUCUAACCUAACCUCUACCUGGUGACAGUUACAUGAGGUGGCACUCGACAGGUCCCACAGCAGCACUUCAUGUGUCAGCAUCUCGUUACCACAUCCAGUCUAUUCCCAAAAGAGUGCCGGAAGGCAGAUCUGGGGGCUGCAGGACACCAUGUUCCAUCACUCUAAAUGGAAAAAGUUACACGUCUCCGCUUGUCCAAGAGCUUCAACCAAUUACUGAAGCACAUAACAGUCCAUUUAAUAGUUAGCAAGGAUUUUUGUAUCAGAGAAAGCAUUUAAAACAUCAAUUACCUAAUUAUUUGUCAGUUUACUAAUUGGUAGGCAUGUUUGUGUAGAAUACACAAUAUUUUGCAGUAUUAGAAAAAAGGUGCACCUUGCUUCAGUUAACUUCUUUGAGAUAAAAAUAGGUGGUGAAAUAAUGUGUGAAGGAAGAUACAAAACGAGUGCAGUUGACAUUUAGUAAACACAGUAAACAGAGCCUUUUUUUAAUUGGUUGGAUCCCAAGGCAGAGUUGCCUGAGGAGUGGCAUUUGGAGGCUAGAGGGGGGAAGUGGGCAGAGGGCAUGGGGAUGGGGAGGCUGAGCGAGAGGGAGCCAGCGUAGGAGUGAGGGAGCAAUGGUCUGAGGCUCGUCCGCGGUCCAGAUUCGAGAAGCUGGCGGACAGCCCCUCCUCGGCAUUAAAUGCUCCAGAGUAGAUGGGUCAGAUCCAUCUUUGGAAGCUGAGACAAAAA